AUGUGCGGAGUGUAUCUUGGUCUGACUGUUGGAAGUUCAGAAGAAAUCAAAGGUAUUAAAGCCGUUGUAUUUGGUGGAAAUGUGGAGGAACAUAUCCUUGAGGUAGAACAGCAUCGCUCAUGGGUCUUCGGCGAGUUCGAUGGCGGACAUGGAGUCGAUGAUUUCAUCACUGAGGGAUCGAAGAAGGAGAAGACGAGCCUUCUG